GAGUGCCGAAGUUACGACGUCACUCUGUGGGCCAAAGCGCGGAAACUUUGGAGCAGAAGGUGCAGGAAAUGCAACAAUAAGCUGGACGCCAACCACCGUAAAAUAGCAGGAAGAAGAAGAAGAAGAAGUAGUAGUAGUAGUCAUGGAAAUGAAGCCCAUAGCCCUAACUCUUUUAGUUUUAUAUGGUGUGUCUGGUGUUGAUACAGAGGCAGUGUCCGUGAUGGAGGGAGAUUCAGUCACUCUAAACACUGGUGUUCAAACAAACCAGCAACAAGAUAUUAAAUGGUAUUUUAAAGACACUCGCAUCGCUCAGAUCAAUGGAAAUCUCAAUAAGUCCUGUACAGAUGUUCAGUGUAAAGAUGGUGAUGAGAGAUUCAGAGACAGACUGAAGCUGGAUAAUCAGACUGGAUCUCUGACCAUCACAAACACCAGGACAUCAGACUCUGGAGAAUAUAAACUAUAUAUCAGCAGCAAUAACAUUGAAAAGAUCUUCAGUGUUGCUGUUCAUGGUGUUUCUGCUGUUGAGCGAGAUGCUGUGAAGAGAAAAAAAGUGAAGGAGGGACAAUCUGUUACUUUAGAUCCUGAUGUAGUAAGACAAGCUAAUGAUUUUAUGACAUGGUCCUUCAAUGGCAGUCGUUUAGCUGAAAUCACUGGAGAUCAGAGUAAGAUCUGUACAGAUGAUCAGUGUAAAGAGAGAUUUAGAGACAGACUGAAGCUGAAUCAUCAGACUGGAUCUCUGACCAUCACGAACACCAGAAACACAGACUCUGGAGAAUAUAAACUGCAGAUCAACAGCAUCAACAGCAGCGACUUCAGCAUCCGUCGUCGUCGCGGUAUCACCAUUGAGAAGAGCUUCAGGGUUUCAGUCAUUGUUGAGCCUGGUCCAGGUUCAGGUCUGACCGGAGGUGCUAUAGCAGGGAUAGUUGUUGCUGUGGUUGUUGUUGUCCUGGCGGUCAUUGCUGGAGCAAGAAUAAAAGAAGAAAGGUGUCGAAAUACAUCAAGUCCCUGAUUCUGACAGAUCUGCUGACUUAUGAGUCAUCUUGCCGACACAGGGAUGCCAAGUGUUUUUUGGAAGUCCAUCAAAGUGCAUUCACCCAUGAUAAAAGU